AUGGAUUCCCUAAAGCUUUGCCAGGCACUUUUACUGUGCAUUGUAGCAGCGGCCCAGGCGCAGAGCGCAUCUAACGUGCGCGCGACGUAUCAUCUCUACAAUCCGUCGCAGAUCGGGUGGGACUUAAUCAGGAUCCCUGCUUACUGCGCCACGUGGGACGCGAACAAGCCCCUCGAGUGGCGCCGCAAGUACGGGUGGACAGCCUUCUGCGGGCCUGUGGGCCCCAGGGGCCAGGCCUCCUGCGGACGAUGCCUGCUGCUAAGAUCAUUUGUAACGAACACAAGGACCGGUGCAAAGGUGACAGCUAGGAUUGUGGACCAAUGUAGCAACGGAGGGCUGGAUUUAGAUAAGGCCGUCUUCGAUCAGAUCGACACCGAUAGGAAUGGUUAUAAUCAAGGCUACAUGAUCGUCAACUACCAGUUCGUUAGCUGUUAAGUCAUCAACUGCGAUGACUGAUUACGCAUACAUCCACAUGCCUUCAAGUGCCAUCUUAUAGCUGAUUGUAGAAAUAAGGAUGUUUUAUUAUCAAUAAGCAGAUCGAUAUCGGACCGUUGAUCAUCCCAAUAA